GCAGAAAGCGGCUUCAAUCGAAGCCUGUCCGCCAGAUUGCAGUGUACGAACCGAACCACUCUCUUGGUUUGUCCAUUUGUUCAGUUCCGACCAGACUCGCCCAGCAUGUUCAAGAAGGACCUGACUCCGGGCGCAAAGUCCAAGGUCAAGUCCUCUGUGCAGCGGGGCAUCAGGGCCAAAAUCCUCGAGACAUACCCGGACCUUGAGCCGCAUAUCGACGAGAUCCUGCCUAAAAAGAGCCAGCUGGAUCUGAUAAAACUCCCCGAUCGCGUCUCCCUCUACGUUCUUGAUAAUCAGCCCCUCUUCUACCAACACAUGGACGACCCGAUCAUUCCACACCUCAAGAUCGUGCACCAGUACCCGCACGCCUUUAAAACACUACGCAUCGACCGUGGCGCCAUUCGCUUCGUUCUGUCCGGCGCAGCACUCAUGGUUCCCGGUCUCACCUCUGCCGGCGGCCGACUACCAGACAAGAAAGACGAGGCCAAACCAGGCGACAUUGUCGCCAUUGGGGCCGAGGGCAAAGAAGAGAUUUGCAUGAUUGGACCCUUGGAAAUGGGCACGGAGGAGAUGAAGGAAAAGAAAAAGGGCGUCGCCAUCAGUGCUGGCCAUUACCUCGGUGACGGGCUCUGGAAGUUGGAGAUCUGAGCAUAACCGCUCAUAUGGACGAGUACCUGCAGUGUGGUGGGGACUGGUAUGCCCCCGAAACGAGAAGAAUUGGAAAAGCAUUGGAUCCGCCUCUCCCAUCAAGCCAAAAGCUGCCAAUCCGGCGAGGAGAGAAAAAAAGACGAGACCAGAGAAAAGCGUGUUGGGGCAGGAUAGGAGCCGCGAAAUUCCGACUUCGCAAGCAAAACCCCCGAAGCCAGGACUCCGGUCGCCUGGUGUGGUGGACGGCGUAAGGACAAGGUGUACCCAGCUCAUCAACUCAAAUUCGGCUGCUGCGGCACGCUAAAAGGAGGGUGGACGACCUUUCUAUGAUAGAAACCACCAAACCUCCAACAAGCCGCAGCGCAAGACGAAAACACGGACAUGUCCGAGCACACCAGUUCAUGCGAGAAACGAACAAACGAACCAGCUGACAGGAGUCAGCUGGUCCAAAGAACGAAACGCUGGUUACAGCUCUCCGCAAAAUCGGCACUUGGAAAAGAAGCUGUGACCACCCCUUUUAUUCCAGCCUGCCCAGGCGGCUGUUCCUUUCGAAAAUAGCACAUCCGGGACGAUAUUCGACUCAACAACGAGCCGUGCCGUGCAAGGCGUCUAUCUCGUUGAGGGGCCGGCGCUACUGGUGAUGGCCAUAGAAUCCCACUGCUUGUCGGAAUGUCAUACGAAGAAACGCAGCAUUGGAGGUAACGGAGCAGAAAGUCAUCCUUCAACUUGGCAGCCUCGAUUCAGGACGGAACCCUCGACUAUAUCUGUCGGUACACUACCUUAUGUUAUGGGGAACAUGGGUUGAUUGAAAACCCAACUCCAGUAAAUGAAUAAAAAAUGCAAAAUGCAAAAUGCAUUAAUGCGUCAUACUGUGGUCCUUGCUUGUAUAUAAAGACCGUAUACACAUAUAAUACAGCCACACAUUAUUCGGAACCAAGCUCUGAUUCUACAUACAGGCUGCGUCAACAUUAGAUAGGUAGACGAGAUGUCACUUUUCCUGAAUAUCGAGUAGUUAUUAAUGUA